AUGCCGGUGAAUUCUUGAUGACUUUGGUUAACGAAUUCUCUUCAUCAUUGCAGACCUGCGAGACGAUCGCAAAACUGGCGGCGAAAUUGAGAAAUGGACGCUGCCAGGAUUGCCUACGCCUUUUUUAUCCUCUUAUUGGCUCUAGGGUUCGGCUUACUUCAUCGCUGGCACGUCUCGACGCUUUUCGAAAAUGACAGGCAUUUCUCCCAUCUGUCCGAGAUGGAGAGAGAAAUGUCUUUUCGAACCGAAAUGGGAAUGUAUUACUAUUAUUACAAAUUAAUGAUUGAAGCUCCGACUUGGCAUGAGGGCCUCGAGAGAUUAAGAAAUGACAACCUGUCACAGUAUCCUAAAGUAAUAAAUGCAGAUAGGACGUACAAUUUAUUUCCAGAGAUUUAUGCUGGAACGCUGUAUCGUUUAGCAGAAUCAUUGGGUCUUCUUGGAGAGUCCCAGUGCUGGCAGACCGAGAGAGGAGAUGGGCUCUCUACAGUGAUGAGCUGCCAAGGGCUGUCAGUCCCAUCCUAUUUUUAUAUCGCCAUUGUCUGGUCCCUAGCCAUGAUGACUGGAUCAGUCCUCUUCCUCUAUGCUACUUACCUGAGUGGAUCAAUUUACGGUGGAUUGAUCGCUAUUUUAGCUUUUUUCUUCAAUCACACUGAAUGCACAAGGGUCCAGUGGACACCACCACUCAGGGAGAGCUUUGCCUACCCCCUGUUGCUCUUGCAGAUGUUCAGGGUCACCAUGUGCCUCGACAAAUAUUCCUCUGAGAGGAGAAAAUUCACGUGGAGGAACGUCUUAUGGGACAACGCUUACGCUGACAUCUUCAUAGUAACGAAGCUCUGCCUGUUCAGCUGGCAGUUCUCGCAGUUUAUCUUCACGAUUCAAAUAAUAAUUCUCCUGAUCCUCCAGUGGCUCAGGAUUAUUCCACGCUACGUAACCCUGUACUUGCUCUUCCACCACAUAAUCGCCAUUGCCUUUACCUUCUACCAAGGCCCAACGGUCAUCAAUUCGAUGUACACCUGCCUGGUAGUGGGUGCAACGUACGUCAACCUGUUGAAUUCCCGCGUGGAUGGCCUCUGGAAUCCCUAUCUCCUUCUAUUUUCUGAUAUCCUAGGAACCAUAGGCUCCGCCCGAUUUGUGAAAUCAGCGAUCAUUGAUUAUGACGAUUACCAUCACAUCUACAAUCUUGUCAGAUCCAAAUUAUCAGGAUUCAGGGAUUUUCACACGAUGCUGUACACCUGCUCCCCUGAAUUUGAUUUUCUUCCAUACGAGACCUACGAAAUUAUCGUCAAGACAUUUCUACUGCCCACUGCAAUACUGGCUGGAUUUUUGGCGAUUUAUUUCUGGUACAGAGACUUCAGAAUGAGGGGAUAUUCGCAGUGCAUUGAGCCAGGUAUUGCGUACAAUGGACUUCAGACUGGUGCAUUCAUUGUUAUGGCGUUUUUAGUUAUGAGAUUGAAAUUGUUUAUGACUCCCCACUUGUGCAUUAUCGCUGGAAUGGUUUUCAGUCGGAAAUACCUCGCUCUGGUUGGAAUUAAAAGGGAACAUGUUAGACUUACGUUUUUUAUCACUCUUGUUGCUAUUAUGACUUAUCAUGGGGCACAACGGGUUCAGGUGGAGCGCCAGUUUUAUGGGGAAUAUAGUAAUAUUGAACAGGAGCAGUUGUUCGAUUGGGUUAAUGCGAAUACACCGAAGAAUGCAGUUUUUGCUGGAAAGAUGUCUAUAAUGGCUAAUCUGCUGCUGGCCACUGGACGACCAAUUGUUAAUAAUCCAUAUUAUGAAAGUACGGAGAUGAGGGACAGGACAUUGAAAGUCUACGAGAUCUACAGUAGAAAAGACGCAGCUGCUGUCUACGAGACUCUCAGGAAAAUGCAGGUUGAUUAUUUAGUACUCGAUGAGGGGAAUUGCUACGGCCUUGGAGCUGGGAAAUCUGGCUGUCGAAUGGUGGACCUCUGGGACUUCUCGGACAAUGGUCGAGCUAAACGACUUGGAAAACGUCCUCUCUGUCCCAUUUUGUACAGCGGAAGUGCCCAUCCUUUCCGGAGAGUAUUUGCAAACAAUCAUUAUGUUGUUCUAAGACUGGACUAUUCUACUUACGUCGAAUUAAAGCCUAAAACGCCGAUUCUGAUGCUGUCGUGAAGGCCAUCUUUGUGAAAUUAUUUUAAAACGGUAACGUCGAAAAAAAGUUAUGGAAAAGCUUGUCACAUUCACUGGGAUAUUUUAUAGUUUUUUAAUAAAUCUUACUUGUUUGCACAAUUGCUAGAAUCACUUAUUGGAUUUCUAUAAAAUUUUUAUAGAUUAUUCUAUUAAUUAAAAAAUAUUCAUUUUUCUUUUAAAAGAACUUUUUUUGUUAGUUGAAAAAGUUGAUUUUGAAUAUUCGGUACAUCUUGUUUUUAUCUAUAAAUAAUAAAUGCAAGUUAAUGAAUUGUUAUUAAUUGUUAUUAUCUGUAAGAUUUAAACAAUUAUGUUUUUUGAUGCUUGCAAUUAGGAGUAAACAUUCUUAAUAGGAAUAAAAAUUCAUGGAUUUUUUAUAAAAUAUCCUAGUGAAUGCAAUAGAUUCUUCUGUGAAAUCAUGUGUUUUCUCACCGUGAUAGCUAAUUCAAUAAAUGUGCAGAUAUUUUUCUAA